AUGUAUGUGUUAGAAGCAGACACUUUGCCGGCGUCAGCAAGAUCUUUAAUGGAGAAUAAAACAAUACUGGUUGUUGGGAAUGAUCAAAUAAGUUGGGUCUGGAUUCGAUCAACCCUGAAGAAUUAUGGCAUCAAACUUGUUCUUGUCGUAUCAGAAUCAGUCACCUUUUCUCAAGAUGCAUUCAAGUGCAUCCAAUACGAUUUCAGUGAUCAUAGCUUGGAUGAAAUUCAUGCCGAGGAAAUCAUCAAUAUAUUGUUAGAUCUCAACUUGAACAUAGAUGGAUGCUGCACUUUCACAGAUGAAUGUGGACCAUUGACUGCUUAUUUGUGCGAGAAACUGACAUUGAGUGGAGGUGUUGGCGUACCUGGGGCAACGAAUGUUCGGGAUAAAAGUAGAACACAUAGUUAUCUGCGCCAACAAACCGAUGGCUACUACAAUUUUCCCUUGACGUACAAUUAUACAGGCAGGAGCACAGUGAUAAACAGCGAAAACACGUUGCAAUCGGCUAUACAAACUAUUGGAUUUCCAGCGGUCUGUAAACCAGAACAUGGAGCAAAUGGAAAGGGAGUAAUGAUGUUUUGGAACAAAGAAGAAUAUGAAGAUGUGUACCAAAAGCUUGAAAAUACACUCAAAGAUGGACAUUCAAUCAUGUUGAUGGAAUAUUUUGAUGGCACUGAACAUGACAUCGAGGUUAUCAUUUAUCAAGGGGAGGUCCUUGCUGCAAUUGUUUCAGAUAAUGGUCCGACAAUGCCUGGGUCCUUCGUUGAAACAUCAAUGUCCAUGCCGUCAUGCCUUUCCCCGUCCGAUAUCUCAAAACUGAGGACAGCAGCAUCGGACUGCUGCAUAGAUAUCGGUUUGCGGAACGGAGUGUUUAAUGUUGAGAUGAAGUUGACAUCAGUGGGUCCAAAACUGAUCGAGAUAAACGGACGUAUGGGUGGAGAUUAUAUACGGAAUUGGAUGCAUAUCUGCUACGGAUUCGACCUACUUUGGUAUGUUGUCGUGAUUGCUGCAGGCAUUAGACCUCCUAUUCCGACAGUUGAAACAACCGUUCACAUGAUGGGAGUAACGUGUGCAUUGCCUGUGCAUGAAAAGUUACUUUGCUACAAAGAGUUUGGAGCAAAAGUUGAUCAGUUGAUUCAGUCGAGACAAGUUCAUUUCUUUGGCGAGAAAUUUGUUGAAAGUAAAAGCAUUCCCACCAAAAAUGCAGUUGCUAUAUGCAAUAUUGCAGUUGUAAAACCGGACUUAGUUAGUGCUAAAUCAUCACUGCUUGAUAUUUGCGACUUACUUGAUAUAAAUACCACUCUUUUUCAUGUACCGACAUAUCUUUCAGAUUUUGCUCCAACAAAAGUGUGA